AUGGACCAUCUCACAUGGAGGAACGACCUGGGUCGACCUCGACCUACUGUGCCGUAUCUGUUAGACGAUGACACCACUAUCUGCAGCGAGUUGGACCAGCUCAGCGCCUGGCCGGCAUUGAUGGACUGGGACCUGGAUCCCAAUUUACCGCUACUGGAAUCCGCACGGCGGUGCCAGGCAUGGCUAUUCUUCGGAUUCGUUCGCAUCUUGUCUGAUGAUGUUGGACAGCCUUUCAAUAUCGACCACUUCAUCAAAGAUUCGGACCCUCGUAGACUCGUUGAUUCAAGUUACCUCAAGAAAACCUUUUCUUGCGCUCGACGGAGACUGCUCAGAUCUGGUUCACUCUCAGACCUUGGAAAGACCGUACUUGCCGAACUGAUUCAGACAUUGCGUAUAUCACGUAAAUGGAUUAUGAGUCUCUCUUACCGAUGCGAUGAAAAUGGCACUGACUGCAAUCCUUGGAACUGCGACUUUUGCUCUGUGUUCUUGUCAACAUUACUGCUUUUCGAUUACUUCUGCGAAACACUUGCUGAAGGACUUGAAGAGACUUCUCAUGAAGUAGAAAGAGCACAGCAUCUGAUACCUUCUCACCGACGGCUUUCACGCAGCCUAGCUGCAGGCCUACGACUCAUGGGCCGCUGUCCAACCGUUCUGGAAAGGACCAAACUAUCUUCACUAAACACGUACCGACUUCUCGGCAUUCCUGUCUGCAAGGCUUACUCACACCCCGAUUGUCAUGACCGCUAUUGCUCAGCAUUCAACAUUGAUAGCGAUACUUAUGUCAUGCAGCACACCACUUCGUGCGGUAACCGAGCAUGCUCGGUGAUGCGCAUUGAUUACACGAGAUUACAUGAAUUGGUGCGGAACGAUCGCCUAUCGCUGAUUCAUAGCAAGCUGGCGUCCAACGGUGUACUUGUGAUCGAAAUUAUUGACGGAACUUCGAAGACAAACUACGCCGCUAUCUCUCAUGUCUGGGCAGGUGGACUAGGCAACUUUCACGAAAAUGCUUUGUAUUCGUGCCAGCUCUACGAUAUGCACCGCAAUCUCAGUACCCGCAGCGUCCUCGGCCACAUCAGAACUAGUCAAUCAUCUUACUACUGGCUUGAUUCGCUCUGCAUACCUGUGCACGACGAUUCCUUGAAAACGAAAGCCAUCUAUAUGAUGUCACGUAUCUAUGCUGGAGCAAAGUCUGUUCUGGUCAUCGAUCCUGAACUCCGAGACCUGAGGGCUACAGAUCUUGAGCCCAGAGAAUUCGAUCUUGCAUUGUUUUGUUCGCCUUGGAUGGCAAGGAGCUGGACUUUGCACGAAGGCGCUCUUGCUGUAGAUAUCAAAUUGAAGUUUGCAGACGGGGUCUUCGGCUAUGAAAGACUGGUCCCCAAGCACAGUCUUUGCAAGCGCACUACAAUUCAGGGUUUGUGGAAGAGAGAGGUAGAUCAAGUCGAGCCAAAACCCAUGUCGGAGAUGUUUGCCGUGGAUCCUUGUUUUAAAUUCCUUGACACGACUUUGAUGCCGCGGCAUGAGAAAUUUAUCAGGGUCUGGAAUGAGCUUUGUCAUCGAAGUUCCAAGAAGACCGAAGAUAUUGCUGCAAUUCUGGCAACGUUCGUUGAUUGCAACGCAGGAGAGGUCUUGCAACUUGCGAGCCACCAAAGAAUGCAUGCACUGCUCAGAACACAGCCUAUUCUACCAACAUCUAUACUGUUCACUCCAAUGGACUCAUCGCCAAAGGAAUGGUGCCCCAAGUUCCCCACGUCCAAGGACGACUUCAAUCUGCUCAGCCCGGAUAUGGGUACGCUUGAAUCGACAGACUCAUGCCACUUCCGACUGACAGAAAUACAUCAUGUGGAACUUCUCUAUUGCCACCAGCCUAUCCUAGUAUGUGGCGAAAUCGGCCUUCAUGAUACUCGCGAGUCCUGGUCCUACUACAUUAAAUUUGCCGAUUCGAGUUCGAAGGUUCAUGAAACAACUAUGGUCAAUGUGCUUUUCUUAUUCCAGAAUCCUAUAAUUGCCGGAAGCGGACCAUGCAAUGGCACCGGUAUUUGCUUUAUUGCUCUUCGUGAUGAUGAUGAAGGCCUACACGUGGAGUUUGCCAAAACUUUCCAAUGGAAACGUGCCAGGCCUCUACAAUCGCAUUCUGACUCUCAAGCUCCGGACAAUACAGGCGGUAUAAAGGCCGCUGAGCUUCUUGCAACUUGUGAACACCUACCAGGAGCUAGUGGUCCUGAUUUUGUCGACAAAUCCAGACGUUUCCGGGUGGUGAGUCCCAUAUCAUCUUCUGAUAUUCAUCCACGUCAUCCUCUUGUUAUUGACAUGGGUAUGGCGGACUGGCCAACUCUGAAUUGGUCUCGCUCGAAAUUCUUUCCUUUCAUGGAAACCAGCGCCCGGCUUGCCCAGGCACUAUAUAUGUUCAUGCCGCUGGCACUGCUAAUGUGUUUCUGGAACGGCAUUAUGACAAUGCUCUAUGCAUGCGUAGCAGGGCUGUCAGUUGGCCCCAAGGCAUGCAUCGAGACCAUCUUGUCUGGUGUCUUCGUCUUCCUCAUUCGACUCUGCCUUGCUAAUCUGGAAUACAAAUACACACACAAAAUUGUCAAUAAACAGCUGCAACGGAAGUGGGCUUUAAGCUUCUAUACGUUCGAGCCCACUGACCGCACAGGCCAUGUCAAUACGCUGCUCCCAACAAACGGCAUGGAAACCAUUCUCCUCUGCUCUAUCUAUGCGAUUUUUCUCAUCCCUGGCGUUGCCUUCACAGUAAAAGAUUCCAUCUCCACCUUCCCUUGCCUCAACCCAAAACGCGACGGCUACAUUGGCUCCACAAUAUUGGGCCUGAUCAGCAUUUGA